AUGUUGAAAAAGGCAGGAAGUAAGUCAAAAGUGAGCCGUGCGUUUGUCUAUAAAUGGCAUAGACGGUUUCUGGAGGGCAGGGACUCUGUUUUAGAUGAUGAGCGAGCAGGGCGGAAACGAAUUAUUAGUGAAAAUUUGGUCGAAAGAAUAAGUAACGUUAUGGAGCGUGACGGGCGCGUCACAGUUGCAGAACUUGCGUCGAUGUUUGAUAUCAGCUCUGGUACCGCUUUUACAAUUUUGUCUCAACACUUGGAUAUGAAAAGAGUUUCGGCGCGCUGGAUACCCAAACUCCUGACUGAUGAAGACAAAACAAAAAGAUUGCAACUCUCUCGGGCAUUCUUAAGGCGGUAUUCGAAUGAAGACAACUUUCUUCAAAGAAUAGUAACAACUGACGAAACGUGGCUGUUUCAUUAUGAUCCUGAAACAAAACAACAAUCCUCAGCAUGGAAGCGAAAAUCAUCUCCACCUCCCCUCAAAGCUAAAGUAAGAAAAUCUGCUAGGAAGAAUAUGUUUAUAUUUUUCAUGGAUAUCCGUGGUAUGCUACUUGUGCAUGCAGUACCCGAGGGACAAACAGUCAAUGCAGAAUACUACGCACAGGUGAUUCGGCGGUAUCUUGUAAAUGCCAUUCGUAAGAAACGGCCUGACAAGCAGAUAGAAGAGUUCCUUCUUCAUCAAGACAACGCUCCUGCCCACCGCGCUGAUACCACUAUGCUGGAGUUGGAUUUACGUGUGAUUCACGCACCUUACAGUCCUGACCUAGCGCCGAUGGAUUUCAAGGUUUUCCCUACCAUGAAAGCCGAGUUACGUGGCAAAAAGUUUAAAAACACAGAAGAACAAUCUUAUGCAACUCGAACAAUUGUCAGUAGAUUCGAUGACAAAUGGUAUAGAGAUACAUUCAGUGAGUGGGUUAGACGCCACAGAUUGUGUGUGAAAUGCAGAGGGGAGUAUUUUGAAAAACUGUAA